AUGCCCUUCAACAUCAUGCACAGGAAGGUUGAGUACAGCUGGGAGAAACACCUCUUGCUUCUCAGUGUUGAGGUCUGCUGCAUAUUCUUUAGCCUGGCUCAAGAAGGAUUACCACAGCAAAGACAAAAAGAUGAAAUUUCAAACACUACUGUCAGUGCAAACGUUUCUGCAUCUAUACCAAAAACUGAGGAAGAAGCUUUGAACACAACCACUUUAAGAGCAACAACACUGCUAGCAACAAAGCUGACAGCAACUACAGCCUCAACUAUGACUGUGUCCAUUACAACAAGAAUAGAUAACACAACUACUCCAGCUAAUGCCACAGAGAGUAGUACGACACAACAUACAGCCGUGCAGCAGCCAGCACAGGCGACCCCUACAGCAAGAACUGAAAGUGGCGACACAACAAGUGCUGUCCAAGUGAAUGGAACACAAUCUGCACAAACUGAGAGUGCUACAACUACUAAGACAGGGACUUUGUCUCCUACAACCUCUUUACAAGAAAAUAUUACUGCUCCUGGAACCUCAGACCUUUCUGUGAGCACCCUGCCAAUACCAACAGAUUCUGGCAGCACUGGAAACAGUUCCGAGAAAACGAAAGUAUUGGAGGAUACCAUCCAUUACUCUAGUGUUAUCCUGCCCAUUGUCAUCGCCUUGAUUGUCAUUACCCUCUCCGCCUUCUCUCUGGUGGCCUUGUACAGAGUGUGCCAUAAGAAAACUCCAGACAGACAAGAGAACGGCACUGAACAGGCCCAGUCAGAUAAAGAAGGUGUCAAACUUCUGUCCGUGAAGACAACUUCUGCUGAGACUGGAGAGAAUUCAUCUCAGGGGAAGAAUAAAGCUCGACAGUGUGAUGAUUCCUCUUCAAACUUCAGCAAUAAAUAUAUGUGAAGCAGCCUGGUUUAAGACAACGUGCAGGAACAUCCCACCAAGGUUGCAGUGCCACAGGAACUGUGGAGCAGCUGAAGCUUUUUGCCAGGCAGGACACUUGUGCUAAUGACUAGCCCUUGACUCCUAAGCCUCAAGUGCCUCCUGUCCUUUCUGGAACGACGUGCUUUUUUUGAUGGCUUAAUAACUGGUAUAUCAUAUGUAUUUAUUAUGUUCUCAUAUAGUAGAAGCAGAAAAACUCUCAAGAAGGUUGAAGAGCGUGUUUGCAUAGUCAUUAUUACAAGAAUCUUCUGCACAUACAGGAAGGAAUAUGAUAGCAUACUUUGUUGAACUUAUGGUAUUUAGGGUUCUUUUAAUUGUAUGUAGCAAAAUACAAACACGGCCUGACCCUUGAAGCAUUACUGGGCCAACUGCCGCAAUGGAAGUUAAUUCAGUGAUUUCCUGGAGACUCCCCACUGAAGCACAUGCUUAACUUGUCAUAAAUGUUUACAGGAUGGGAUGCCUGGGUGAAAUACUGAAGUGCAUGCUUUAUUUCUGUGAAGGGGGGGAAUAUGCUUUGCACUGAUGUUUGCAUUUUUGUUUUUUGAAGUUCUAUAAAUUGCUGAAUAUGGUCCUUGUGAUGUAGCAGGCAAGACAGUUAAUUUUCUCCUAUUCCUUGGCUAGCCGCUGCAUUAUACAUGCUGUGAAUGACUCCUCUGUGAGCUGAGGUGCACGGUAGGGAUCAGCAGGAAAAGCAAUUGUGCAGCUGAACCCUGUAUUUGGAGUAAUGCAUGAGAUUUCUGUUGACUACCGAAUAACUCUGGAAGUUUAAGGAGUGUUUCAAGUGAUGAUUACAGACUUAAUCUGUACAGAGCUGAUGCUGCAAAAAUAUCAAGUAGUGCUUCUACCUGCAUGUAUCCUACUCUGCUAGAACUGUAAAUGUUCAAAAAUUAUAGUAAUGUGAGUAUCUGCUCAGCCUCAGUCCACUGGCUCUGGCAGUGUGCUGAGAAACUCCAUCAUUGCAUUUGGGAAAGGAAAGGAAAGGAGACAGUUGGUGGUGUAAGUGUGGGGCUGAGAGCCAGGCCAGCAAUUUGAAUUGUGAUACCAUUGAUACAAUGCUUUUGAGGAAACUUCUCUCUCCAAUUUCCCUGUGUGAGUUGAGAAAACUUAACUAGCAGUAUGGCAAAAGAUUAAAUGGAUUUGUUAGUUCAUAUUUACGACAAAGUGUUCAUUUCCCUAAUUUUAACUGUUGCUCUUAUUUCAUUGGUGAUGGAUCUAAUCCUCUGUCUUAGCAGCACCAAGAGAAAUUUUGAUGAAGUUUUGUAGAAGUUGAGAAAUGAACAAGGGUGCUCCAUGCUGCAGCUGAACUUCUAUGGUCUGUUUGGGUGCUCCUAAGUCAUUUGGGUUGCUCCAGCUCCAGAGCAGAGGAAUUUUGUACCUGCUUUAGAAAGGUCAGGUUGCCUAAAAUAUACCAAAUAGCAUCUGCACCUACUCAGAUUCCUGAUUGCUGAAGUUUCCAAUGAAAAAAGAAAGCAAUCAUUGUGCAUUUUCAUGUUGAUUUUAAAAUAUUUUUGUAGCAUGUUGCAUCCUACUGACAGGACAGUAGAAAAGACCAGAGAAACAUUACAAAAAAUACAUGCAUGUGUAAAAUUUGUUCAUUACCUCCAUGAUGUGUCAAGAAGAGAAAACAACUUCCUAUUAA